UGGGUUGGGUUGCACAGGUUAGUCAAUUACUCCUGCAUUUGAUUCACAACAAACACCCCAUUAUUUACCCCCUUUGUCGUUACUCAAAUUUCAACAAAUCACACAUCUGUAGUGGGUGUCUCCAUUACUAUUACUACUAUACUCCAUAUUUAAGGGUUUUAUAGUAAUUUCACAACUUCGCCGGAAAACAACAAGAUGGCCGGAGGUGGUGGCGGAGGAAAGUCCGAUGAACCGGCCCCACACCCACCAAAAGAUCAGCUGCUUGGUGUCACUUACUGCAUUACUAGUCCACCCCCUUGGCCUGAGGCUAUUCUACUUGGUUUUCAGCAUUACUUGGUAAUGCUUGGCACGACGGUUAUCAUUCCGACGGCACUCGUUCCUCAAAUGGGUGGCGGAGAUACCGAAAAAGCAGAAGUCAUCCAAACUCUACUGUUUGUGGCGGGUUGGAACACUUUGCUACAAAGUUUGUUUGGUACUAGGUUGCCAGCUGUGAUUGGGGGCUCGUAUACUUUUGUUGCACCCACGAUUUCAAUCAUCUUGAAUAACCGAUGGAAUGAUACUGAUCCUAUCGAGAAAUUCAAGAAGACAAUGCGUGCAAUUCAGGGUGCGAUGAUUGUUGCUUCGACAAUUCAAAUUGUUUUAGGGUUCAGUGGUCUUUGGAGAAAUGUUGCAAGAUUCUUGAGUCCCCUUUCGGCUACUCCGUUAAUCGCUCUUGCUGGUUUUGGGCUCUAUGAAUUUGGAUUCCCUGGGGUUGCAAGAUGUGUUGAAAUCGGGCUGCCUCAACUAAUCAUUGUAGUUAUCUUGUCGCAGUAUGUAGCUCACAUGGUACAUUCAGGAAAGCCGGUCUUUGAGAAAUUUUCGGUUUUAAUAUCAGUUGCAAUUGUUUGGAUUUACGCUCACUUGCUUACUGUUGGUGGGGCCUACAAUCAUACGCCACCUAAGACACAAACAAGUUGUCGUACUGACCGUUCUGGAUUAAUCGAUGGUGCACCAUGGAUAAGAGUUCCGUAUCCAUUUCAAUGGGGAGCACCUUCGUUUGACGCUGGUGAAGCCUUUGCCAUGAUGAUGACUGCUUUUGUUGCGCUAGUGGAGUCAACUGGUGGCUUCAUGGCGGUUUCGAGAUAUGCUAGUGCCACCCCCUUGCCUCCGUCUGUUCUAAGCCGUGGUGUCGGUUGGCAGGGGAUUGGCAUAUUGUUGUCUGGCUUGUUUGGGACGGUGAAUGGGUCAUCCGUAUCUAUUGAGAACGCUGGUCUCUUGGCUGUGACUCGUGUUGGUAGUCGCAGAGUCGUACAGAUCUCCGCUGGCUUCAUGAUUUUCUUCUCGGUUCUUGGUAAAUUUGGUGCGGUCUUUGCUUCAAUCCCCGCACCCAUUGUUGCGGCUCUGUAUUGCCUUUUCUUUGCUUACGUCGGUUCAUCUGGUUUGAGUCUCCUUCAAUUUUGCAACCUUAACAGCUUCCGAACAAAGUUCAUACUGGGCUUUUCACUCUUUUUGGGCCUGUCUAUUCCCCAGUAUUUUAACGAAUAUGAAGCUAUCAAUGGUUACGGGCCUGUCCACACUUCUGGAAGAUGGUUCAACAACAUGGUGACGGUUCCAUUUUCAUCGGAAGCUUUUGUGGCUGGAAUUGUUGCAUAUUUUCUGGAUAACACACUUCACAGGCACGAUGGAACGGUAAGAAAAGACAGAGGUAAACAUUGGUGGGACAAAUUCCGUUCGUUCCACACCGACACAAGAAGUGAAGAAUUCUACUCGUUGCCAUUUAACCUCAACAAAUAUUUCCCCGCUGUUUGAGGUGAAGUAGCAACAUACAACUGUUGUUCGUUUUGGUUCCAACUAUGUAUUUAAUUAUUUCUCACUCGAGUGAUCUAUUAAUAGUCGUUUUUUGCUGUAAAUCUAAUGGGUAAGAAUUAUGGAAGUGAAGCAGAAAGGAUCAGUUUUGUUGCUUUCAACUUUAAGAAUAUUGUUUCCCUCUUUUGUAAUAGAAAUCUUGAUUUCUAAAUG